CUCGCCGUAUGAAGCAGUCUUCAGUUCAGACAAUGAAAUGCUAUUUGAAACUAGCAGUUCACAUGACUCUCUCAGUGAUGAAGAAUCACAACAAAACGUCUUACAAUUAUAUAUUGGCCUCACGUUUAAUACAUGGGAUGAUGUAGACACAUUUAUAGAAUCAUAUAGAAAAUGCAAAGGUUUUUCUUUCUGGCGUAGUAGAACUGAUCUUCAUUCUGACUAUUCAAGUAUUCGUCGUCGCAGUUAUGAGUGUUCCUAUUCACGUGCUCAUAAAGCAAAAAAAGCAAUUGAUAUUACUAAACAGUGUAAACAUUCUUCUGGAGCUGUUAAUUAUAAACAUACUCAUGAAAUGAACCCUAUAGUCGUCCAAACAGCACCACGUUAUC